UUGUGUAUGUGUGGCUGUGAUUUUCAUGCAACAAGUGGAUAACUACGAAAUCUUUUUAAAUCAACUAAAUUAGGCACCGUCGUGAAAAGCAUCAAAUAGGUACAAGUGAACACAGUGGGAUACUGAGAAUUACGUAUGUAUAUGUAUGUGCAUAUGUACGUCUAUUUACUAGUACCUACUUUAUAUAAUACAAGCAUUUGACUUCAUACAUACCUGCAGACUGUUUGCUAGUUGAAGGGUACGAAAUUAACAGCAAAAGCAAAAAUUGAAAAACAAAACAAUACAAUAAAAAAUAAAAACAAAAAAUAAACAAAUAAAAGCGCAAUAAUGUUGGCCAGCGAAAGUUUACCCACACAUUACAAUGAGUCUAUAUUUAAAAAGCAUUUGAAGAGCGUUGACAAAGAUCUGGCAGGCGCUGCCAUGAUGACUGCAGCCAAAACGGAAACCAACCAGAGUCUAGCAGCAUCAACGGCGUCAAACAGUCCUAGUACUACUAUUACUGCUAUCAACGGUAGUUGUGCUGGUACAUUUGCUGGUUCUGGUGCUGGUGUGGAAUGUAAAGCGUCAGCAAUGAAGACAAAUCUCAACAACGGUACUACAACAAUAUCCAUCAACGGUUCAACAAACGCAGUAAACGGCAUCGAGGCAUCGAACAGUAGUGAUAGCAACAGCAAAAUGAACGCACUCUCAUCACCACAUUUUGUUCUUGGUCACCCGGAGCCGAAAUUCGAAAACUUCAUACGCACUUGUGUUGAUGAAAUUAUAAAAUCAGCUGUGUUUGCAGGAACAAAUCGUGCCAGUAAAGUGGUGGAAUGGCAUGCACCUAGCGAGUUGAAGCAAUUAUUCGAUUUUAGCUUGAAAGCGGAACCGGAAACGAAUGCGAAACUAAUUGAAUUGGUAAAGGCUACAAUUCACUACUCGGUUAAAACGGGUCACCCCUACUUCAUAAAUCAACUCUACUCAGGCGUGGAUAUAUAUGCGUUGGUUGGUCAAUGGGUGACAGAUGCUUUGAAUCCCAGCGUCUAUACCUAUGAGGUGGCACCCGUCUUCACGCUCAUGGAAGAGACGGUGUUGGCUGAGAUGCGACGCAUUGUAGGCUUUCCAAAUGAUGGCUAUGGCGAUGGUAUUUUCUGUCCAGGAGGUUCUAUUGCCAAUGGUUAUGGAAUCAGUUGUGCACGCUAUAAAUAUGCACCGGAAACUAAGAAAUGUGGUCUAUUUGGUGGAAAACAGUUGAUUAUUUUUACUUCGGAGGAUGCACAUUAUUCCGUGGAAAAAUUAGCUAUGUUCAUGGGAUUUGGCAGUGAAAAUGUUUGCAAAAUUGCAACAAAUAACUUAGGUAAAAUGGAUGUUGGCGAUCUGGAGACGAAAAUCCAGCGAUAUUUAAGUGAAGAUGCUCGUCCACUAAUGGUAUCCGCUACAGCCGGCACAACGGUUUUGGGUGCAUUUGAUGAUUUAAAUAGUAUAGCUGAUAUAUGCGAGAAAUAUAGCAUGUGGUUCCACGUUGAUGCAGCUUGGGGUGGCGGAGCUCUCGUUUCAAAGAAAUAUCGUCAUUUACUGAAUGGAAUUGAACGCUCGGACUCUGUAACAUGGAAUCCUCACAAGCUCUUGAUCGCUUCACAGCAGUGCUCUACUUUUCUCACACGUCACAAGGAUAUACUGAGCAGUUGUCAUUCCACAAAUGCAACAUAUCUAUUCCAGAAGGAUAAAUUUUACGAUACAUCAUACGAUACAGGUGACAAGCAUAUACAAUGUGGCCGGCGUGCGGAUGUCUAUAAAUUUUGGUUUAUGUGGAAAGCCAAGGGUACGAAUGGUCUAGAGGAGCAUGUAAAUCAAGCUUUCAAAAUGUCUGAGUAUAUAACUGAAUUAAUCAAAGAGAGACCCGGUUUUGAAUUGGUAUUGGAAAAGCCAGAGUGCACAAAUGUUAGCUUUUGGUAUAUACCACCCAGUAUACGGAGUAUGAAGCGUGAUGCAACGUUCAACGCCAAACUGCAUGCUGUCGCACCAAAGGUCAAAGAGGGUAUGAUAAAGAAGGGAUCCAUGAUGAUCACCUAUCAACCGCUUCGACAACUACCAAAUUUCUUCAGAUUAGUUCUACAAAAUUCAAGUCUUACGGAAGAGGAUAUGAAAUAUUUUCUGGAUGAAAUCGAAACGCUAGGUUGUAAUUUAUAAAUAGUCGCAUUGACUUGUACGAGUAUAAAUCUGUAGAUAAAUUUUAAAUAUGUAUCAAAAUCUGUUAAUAGCUUUUAUUUGUAUGUAAUUGUUUAGAAAAUUACUGUUAUCGAAAAUAUAAAAGAAAUCAUGUAUGCGUAAAAGGGUGUAGACAUAUGAAUAUUU